AGAGUUGUUUGGUCUACCAAAGGUCUACCCUUGUUGACCAGCAUAGUAGCUCCCUGUGGAAGCUAACAAAAUCUGAAGCCAUGUGGCAUGGUGCAGGAUAAGAAUAUGUAUUUGGGCAUGUAAUACCCAGCAACCUCAAACAUACCAAAUGGUGUCAGAGUAUUUCAGUUAAAAGGCUCUAUAUUGUAUUCAAGUGCUGUUUCAGAGGAAAAUUGAAGUUUUAAGAUUUUGUCCCUUUCUCUCAGGGCCCUUGAAUGGCUAUGAUCUUGUUUGUAAUGAUGAUAUCUUUCAUUCUGCAAGAUUGGCAAUCAGCAGAGGGUAUACUUUGUCCUAAGUUUAUAGGGUGCUAGAAUGAGAUGUGAGAUGCUGGAAGAUUUUUAUCAUGAUAUGCAUUGACUGUGGAAUCCAUUAUUGGCCAGUUUUCAAUCAUUGGCCAGGCCUCUUUUGGGAUUUUAAAACAGAGAGGAGGGACUGGAAUACGUUAGUCAUUGUGACUUACCUUUAAUCACUGUUGAAAUUUAGUUCAAUAAUAAAAAGCCUUUUCCCUCCCAGCAGCCACUAGCCUGCUGCCACGUAUAGGUGAGCUGCUCCCCUCUCUAGACAAACUGCUUGGAACAGUGGCGUAGAAACUAGUCCAAAUUGGCAUCCAGAAGAACUCAAGACUUUGAUAUCUGCCACUGAAAUAUUUUGAAAGCAAGGAAAUGCUGUGAUAAAAUUGUGCUUGUACAUGCCUUAAUGUUGUUUUAGAGAUGUGUGGUGAAAGGAGGAGUAAAGUAAGUCUACAACUGUGCCUUGAAAUGUGGGUUCCCUGGGCGGUCUUGUCUGUCUGUACCCCUGGAAGCUUAAUGUCUCACUCCUCCCUGCACCUCCUAGUGCAUGUGUUGUCUCUGCUGGUGCUGGGUGGCACACCACGGACCUCAGGAGCGCAAAUCUUGGUGCUUCUGCUCUCCUCGAAUGCUAACGUUCAUGGGGACGAUGUUCAUUCUUCUCCUUUACGUUGUUGUAUAGCAAUUCUGACCAUCUGGUUUGCAGUAGAUAUUUCAUGUCUAUAAGCCAGGCAGAUAGCAGGGUCCUGUCCCACUGGCAGCCCUUUAAGAGCAGGCAGCACUGCCUGAAUCUGACUGCAACGCUGUGUUCCUACAACCCUGUGAAGGAUAGGCAGCAUUGUGUGUUGCGGUGUUCAGGUACUCCGUUUCUUUUCCUACCAAUUUCAGUUUUCAUUUGCUUAACCUCUCAUCCCUCCCUUUAUGUCAAGGAGCUUUCAAAUAAAUACAUGUAGAAUUUAUAAUUGUCUGGAGAAAUUUAUUAGUUUGCUUUUUUCCAUGCCUGCAAGGUCCUAGCUUGCAAGCCUUUCCAAGAGGGAGGUGUCAUGGCUUUUUGCUCUUGAAAACCGAAGAAGAAACCUUCUCUCACUUUCCCUAUAACUUUUCCUGUGUGACAGGCAGUGGUGGUGAUUACCUUGUACGAGUUCUUGCACUUUUUCCACGUUGGUUCUAAGAGGGUUUGCAUGAUACUCAAACUGGUGUUGACUGUCAGACCUUUGCAGUGUAUCAACUAAGUGAAGCUGGCUACUCUGGAAUGUGCUUCUGAGCAAGUGGAACGGUUUAUUUGAUCUACUCUUUGCGGUUUUAUGUGGAGUUGUAAAUCUAAAGGGCUGUUUGCAGUGCCGUUUGCCACAUUGUGUGCCGCUAUUUUCUCUUUUCACCUGAGGAAGAAGCUUUUUCGUAUCUUAAAUGUGUUUCUGUCUACCCCUAGAGAUUGCAAUUAUUCCCCUUAAAUAGUCAGUUUUAUUUCUGUACUGACAUUAAAGGGGUGAGAAUUAGAAUACAGGAAUGAAAAUUAAACUUGCUGUAUACCUUAGUUCUAUCAGAGAAGCUGGUGCUAGGGUGUAGCAUCAUGGCUCUGUGAACUUGUAAGAGAUGGGUUCUACUCCUGUUUCAGCCACUGUCUAGUUUAGCAAUAGUGGCUGUUCUGUCUCUUUGCCUGGAUUCCUCUGUCUGCAAAUUGAGGAUCAUGGAAAAAAUACUGGAUUCUGCAGGACCUUUGGAGAAACACUCAAAACACCAAGUUCGGCAUCACAGGGCUCUUGUAAGUGAAAGAAGAUAAUAACAGCUCUUCACUGGGAGUUGUAUUCUGUUUGAUAUUAAUAUAAUCUUGGUUUUUAGCUUUCUGUCUUGUUGAACAUGCUCAUACUUCACCCAAACACACAUUCACUCCCUGAUCUCAACAGCCCUUCCCAUUGGCACUGUGUCCUGGGACAAGUUGUUUACAGAAACAAGAGCUAUCUAGAAGUCCUUGACAUUCUUGCAAUCCAUCUCAGCAGCCUGUCAAGGCUUAUCGUAAACUUACAUCCUCAAAUCAGUUGCAGACAGGGAUCCUGUCGCAUGUGUCGGGUUCUCAUCGCUCUCAGCAGCAGGAAGUGCUGAUUAGCUCUUCCGCCUGCCCCUUCUAGACAAGCUACACUAGUUACGCUUCUGCAGCAAGGGCUUUUCUUGACAUGUCUCGCUUUCAUCAAACGUUGGUGUGUCUUGAGAGGUGGCUCUGACGAAGGGAAAAGGCCAGCUUCAGCAAAUACUGAAGGGUCCUAAAUACCAAAGCAAACAGCAUGGCGCUUUCCAGCCUAGCUAACUCUUGGAAGACUUCAGUUUCCUUGGGUGAGGUUAAGCUCCCUACACCUCUGGAAGAGGUAAGAGGCUUGAUUGCCACCUACAAAAUUAUAAACGUGGAACUGUCUAACUGCUUCAUCUUCAGGUAGCCUAGCUGGUUCUGUCCUUAAAUGGGCCCAACCCAGAGGCUGGGCAUAGACAAGAGCUAGCUCCUUAUUUUCCAGCCCCCUUUCUUGAAUUUAGAAUAGACAUACCUGGGCUUAGACAGGGGUAGGUUUGGAAGGUCAUCUCCCUUGAGUACCAAAAUAAAAUCCCAGGUCUCUACUUAUUUUAAUAUCAUCUUCUCCCCCUUGCAUUUUUUAGCCUGCACUGACAGCUCCUUUUAGGAAAUACUGAAGUGAUCCUGAUUCUUCUCUCUGCUUGGGAGCUCAGGCUGGCUCAUCUCUGAGUGUGCCUCAGUCCAACAUGUCAAGCCGUGAGGAGUGGAAGUGGAGGUUAGGAAGAGUAGAUUUGCCAGAUCUCUCUAGGGAGUGCAGGUCCUAAAACAUCUAGAGCACUCAAUUGGACUAGAGUCCUCUUCCCCCUCUGGAGACUCUGUAGGUGGAAGAUCAAUUUUUCCCAUCUCCUGUUGGGAAAAAGUGCUCCAGUCCCUGGAGACAGAGACUUGUGCUCAUCUAGAUUGCACUCUAAUACAGACUGCUAUUAUUUGUGUGAGAACCAGAACUAGGUAUGUCACCUGAGGUAUUGUGCAAAGCAAAGAGAAAGUGCUGAUAGAGCUGCCUGUGGUGUUUCUUCCAGGAGUCUUGCAUGGUCCUUGUCUUUCCUGUGGAUCCCAAGGAUGCUUAGAGGUGGCACACUGAAUCUUCUGUAGCUUUAGACUUUUUCCUUGAACUAGAUACUUGUGAAUUUGGAAGUGUCAGCUUUGGGAAUGCUGGGGCCUCUCCUUUUUUAGUCCUCUUUGGAGAACCUGGAAGGAACCGUUUUGAGACCUUUGAGGCUUUGGAGCCGUGUGAAAGGGGAUUAGGAUGCAGUUUAUUUCUGUAUGUUUAAUUGGCAGUUGUCAGUCAUCGGUCACUUGGACUUAACUGUUGAAACAUUAGUAAUGUCAGAUCUAAUGCACCACCUACAAAAAUAAAAACAGCUGGUAAUGAAACAGUUCAGGGAAAGAAAUAUGCGCACCUCUAACACAAAUAGGAAAUUCAAUUUAGACUUGUCAGUUUUAUUUAGCCAGCAUCAUAAGUAUGAAUCAACCUCUGAAUGAAAAUACCAAAAUACAACUUCCUGUGGCUUACUGUAUUAUUCUCUGUUCAAUUUUAGUUUCUCUUCUGGGAAUUCACAUAAUCACCUUUGAGUGUUAUCUGCCCUGCUAGCUUUGCAUAUAAUGAAUUUGUUCUCCUUUCCUGUUGUUGAAAAAAUUGUUCUGGUGCUGCACAGCUGUCAACACAUAUAACCACAGAGAUUUCUUUUGUUGGUAGGAGCAAUGACAGUCACUUAUAAAGCUUCUUUCAUCACUCACUGGAGUCAUUCACCAUGGAAAAAAACCCUCCAUGGCUGGGGUGAAGCAGAGCAGCUUAGUGCACAUUACUGCCAAGGGAACACCCGGACAGGGAUACCACUGAGGACUUUCUAUAAUGUAGAGUAUAGGUGCUAUCUCCACACAAAGCAGUCAAAUACCCAACUUCACAUCUCGUGCAAAUGCAAGUUAAAAAGAAUGGAGCCAAAUUGUUUUUUUCCCCCAUGGGACUUUGAAGCAAGGACGUCAGGCUGCAAGUUCUUCCUUGCAUCAGCCUGCUGCAGAAGUGUGAGGUGCAAGAGGAAUGGGGAAAUGCCCACACUUGCUUGACUGUGGAAUUGGUGGAAGCUAACUCUACUCUUUGCUGAUGGAUAGCUCUCUGCCUGCAGACAAUUUCCUGGGGGAGGAUUGUACAACUAUUGUUCAAAUAGCAGGGGUGACCUGUGUGUGUGUUUGUGUAUGAAUGUGUUUGUAUGUAUGUAUAUAUAUGCAUACAUAUGUAUUAAAAAUACAGCUAUUAAUCUAUCCUCUGCAACUGAAGAGGAGCUACAGCUAAUGGGAUGAGAGCAAAGGUCUCUUUCUCUUCAUUUGUGUUGUCCUUGGUAUCUCUCGCUGCCCGUCAUGGUGCUUGGCUUGCUUUAGUAGAGAAAGGAUUUAAGUAAGCUUGUUUUUUCUUUUUUUUUCUCUGAAGAUGGAGAAUGCAAGACCACUGCAGGAGAAUUUCUUUGUUAGACUUCUUUAAUAAUCUGGCUACAGUGGUCAGGGUAAGUGACCAGGAGUGGAAAGGAUCUUUGUCUAACAUGGGAACAGUUUGUUUCCCUGUGGGACACCAGUCUUUCACUUUGACUGAUGUUUCCAUUGUAGCGCUGCUCGAGGCACUCGUCUGCAAUCUCUGCGCAGAAGGCUCACUUCUCCUUUGGCCACCAUUUCCUGUAGUUAAGGCUCUUUAGCUGGCGUUUUCUGACUGGGGGAAGCCGUGAAGUCAUAUGACUUGUGGAAGGAGCAGAGAUAACAAGCACCAAUCUGUUCUCUAUCCCUUCGGGAUGUCCGGGUGUCCCCUGGUUUGAAUUCUUCUCCGGAUAAGAUAGUGGAGGUGUCACCAUGGGGCAGUCGGGCAAGAAAACAAUAGCGGGUUGAGUCCAAAAACAAAAUCGAUCAGAGAGCUAUCACAGUUGCUGUUCAGAAAGCUUGGGGUCAGAAGCUCCACUGAGAGGAAGACUGCAAGAGCCACAGUGUGUACAAGGGUUUUCAAGACUGUUACUCGAGUGGCAGCUGUUCCUUGGCUGAGUGGGAUGUUCCAGUACUUCUUUUUCUCUGUCUGCUUCGUUGUCCAGUUGCAGCCAGUGUCUUCAAUGGCUCUGGACCCCUGCUCUGCCUACAUCAGCCUGAACGAGCCCUGGAGGAACACAGAUCACCAAAUAAAUGGUUCCCACGGCCAGCCCACCUGUGACAAUCAAAUCGAUGGGGAGUGGUACCGCUUCACUGGCAUGGCUGGUGAUGCCAUGCCUACCUUUUGUAUCCCUGAGAACCACUGUGGCACCCAUGCUCCCAUUUGGUUGAACGGCAGCCAUCCGCGGGAGUCGGACGGCGUCGUCCCACGCCAAGCCUGUGCCAGCUUCAACGGCAACUGCUGCCUUUGGAAUACCACCAUCGAUGUCAAGGCAUGUCCAGGCGGGUACUACGUCUAUCACUUAACCAAGCCCAGCGUUUGUUUCCACGCGUACUGUGGGCAUUUCUAUGACAUCUGCGAUGUGGUGGAUUGCCAGGACUCCUGCCUGGACACCGGUGACUGCACGUGUUCCCCGGGGACGACGCUAGGACCUGAUGGACAGACCUGUCUUGAUGAGAACGAAUGUGAGCAGAGGAAUGGAGGCUGCAGCGAAUUAUGCGUUAACCUGAAGAACUCCUACCGCUGUGAGUGUGGGAUUGGGCGCACACUGGGAAGCGAUGGGAAAACCUGCGAAGAAAUUGAAGGUUGUCACAAUAACAACGGAGGCUGCAGCCAUACCUGUGUUGAAGUGGAAGACACAUACCAGUGUGAAUGUCCGAGGGGACUGGUUCUGUCAGAAGAUAAUCACACUUGCCAAGUUCCAGUGCUGUGCAAGUCUAGUUCUAUUGAGGUGAACAUCCCAAAGGACCUGGUUGGAGGCCUGGACCUUUCCCUCAUUAACACUUCCUGCAAAGGAGUAUCCAACGGCACUCACGUCAACAUCCACUUCUCCUUGAAGUCUUGUGGCACUGUUGUAGAUGUAAUAAAUGAUAAAAUUAUUGCCACCAAUCUGGUGACUGGCUUGCCAAAGCAGACUCCAGGAAGUAAUGGGGACAUUAUUGUCCGCACCAGCAAGCUGCUGAUCCCAGUGACCUGUGAGUUCCCGCGUCGGUACACCAUCUCUGAAGGCUACGUGCCCAACCUCAAGAACUCCCCCUUGGAAAUCAUGAGCCGCAACCAAGGCAUCUUCCCCUUCACUCUUGAGAUCUUCAAAGACAAAGAAUUUGACGAGCCUUACAGGGACACCCUUCCCACCCUCAAGCUUCGGGACUCUCUGUAUUUUGGGAUCGAGCCAUUGGUACACGUCAGUGGACUAGAGACACUGGUUGAGAGCUGCUUUGCCACUCCCACCUCAAAAAUUGAUGAGAUCUUGAAGUACUACCUGAUUCAAGAUGGCUGCGUUUCUGAUGAUUCAGUGAAACAGUACACGUCAAAGGACCAUCUUGCCAAGCACUUCCAGGUUCCCGUGUUCAAGUUUGUGGGCAAAGACAACAAGGAAGUCUUCCUGCACUGCCGCAUCCUCGUGUGCGGGGCGCUGGACGAGAGCUCCCGCUGCGCCCAGGGCUGCCGGAGACGAAUGCGCAGGGCAGCCGAGACGGAGGAGGAGGAGGAGGAGGAAUCCAGUCACGUGGCAAACCACAUCCUGACAGGCGGUCCCAUCAGAAUUGACUUUGACGAUUAAUGCCCGCUUGCUGGCACAGCAUCUCUGCCUGAGACCGAUCGUCUGUAUCAAUUCCUGCUUUCAUGGGCCUUUAAGAAAUAAGAGGUAUUUGGUGAAGCCCCACUUGAACUUCUUCUGGACUUGUUUCCCUAACAGCCUGAUGCUUAUUUGUGAAGUAUAUUAGACACACGAGGCAACCCUCUGAGUGCAACCUGGACUGCACAGUAGUUCAGUUCUACCUGCAUUUCUGUCAGUUGAAAGGACCCUGUUGCUUCGCAGGCCUGAAGUUUUACCUGACUUUUUUUUCCCUACAUCCGCCCGCAGGACUGUUCGUCCUUGACUAAACAAAUGUUGUUCAAGCCCUUCUUUCCGCAGACAAUACAAAUAGUAUCAUAGCUAAACGUGUUUGCUAUGCAAGUCUGUGAAUGAUGCUGAAGUUUUUGUGUGUGCUGAGCUUUUGAAUGAUCAUUAAUAAAAAUAUAUGUAAAAAUAUAUAUCUCAUAAUAAGCCUUUCCUCAGAGCUGUAAAGCAGCUGUCAUUACAGGCAGCUAAAGCUCAGAACUAUCACAGGUGCAUUUGAAUGUUAAACAGUAAAAGGUAUUUAAUAUUUUUUUUUUAUUUUCUCCUGAUAGUUGCAUGCAGUAUAACAGUGUUUUCUCUUGUAUUUAGUGUAUCAUUAUUUUUCUCUCCCCUCCCAGGAACCUGCUGCCUUUUGUAAGUGUUAUAGCGCCUUUGUUGUAAGAAAAAGAUAAUUAAAAACCUAAAUACACCC